AUGAGUGAAGAUUACUACUCGAUCCUUGGCAUUGCCCCUGACUCGUCCACCGAUAUAAUCAAGAAGGCCUAUCGGGAAAAGGCCAGAAAGUACCAUCCCGAUAAGAAUCCAGACAACCCCGAUGCGAAUAAUCUUUUCUUGAACAUCAAGAAAGCUUAUGACAUUCUCUCGAACCCGACAGAACGCAGAAACUAUGACGCGACUCGACCUCGCUCUUCAUUUCCCAAUCGUGGUCGCCCUCAGCAGAGAGGCGAUCGAGUAUACACGCACAAUCAGCAGCAAGCGAACCGUCAAAAUCCGUACACACGGCCGGCGCAAGGCGUCUUCCGACCGUCAAAUCGACAGCGCGAACCGCCUCAGUAUCGACGCAACCCGGAUGGAACGUAUCAGGCGACUUUCAACAGCGAGCAGCAUCAUAACGAGUCGCCCAUUUAUAGAGAAUUUAUGGAACGGAUGAAGCGAAAUAAAGAAGCUGAAGAACGAAUGCGUCAUCGAACCUUUUUCGCCGCUUACGACGAGGCAGAGCGCGAAAAAGCAAACGAUCUCUUCCGCCGUGGCCAAGGCAUUCGCGCGAUUCUAGUGCUCACUUGGGAAACGUACCAUCGCGUCAAUACUGAUAGGUUGAAAUACGAACUCAAAGCGGCGAACCUAUUCCAGUCUGGUGGUGGUGGAAAAAUUGUCGCCACUGUGGACUUUUUAAAAGUGGCUCAAGCUUUGGAUGCCAUUCAGACCCUCCAACGCAACUAUCCCUCUGUCAGCUUCAGGUGGAAAAGAGGCAAGCCAGAGACUUUGAACAUUUCGGACGACGAAGAGAAUGAUUCAGAUGUAAUUGAGCUCUCCUCCGACGACGAAGAGAUACAGGAAGUUCCUCUUUCGUCUAAUCGCAAACGCCGUCGUCCCGCAUCGCCAGUUGAAAUUGCAUCCAGUGAAAUUGAGAGCACAGAGGAGGAGGAUGAAGAAGAGCAAGAUGAAUGGGACGUCCCACCCCCGCCAGGAGUAAGGCGAGCUUCGCCAUACAGAAUGGACGAUCAUCUCUCGGGCGCUGAAAUAAUCGACUCCAGCGAGCAAGAGGAGGAAGAAGCGGUAGAUGGAGACUCAGACUUCGAGGUCCUCGAGGACUACAACGUCGAGGAAAACGCCGUGCCCAACAAUCAGCAGAAUAUGAAUCAAAAUGGUCAGAGCGCGACAUACGUGAUUCCCGAUACUGACGAUGAAAAUGCUGAAUAUAACACUUCCGACGAAGAACGACUAAACUCGCCCCGGGCAGCAUACACACAUUUUGACGGCGGAGAAAAUGAUGAAGAGGACGAUGCUGACGACGAGGAUGAUUUCAAACCGAUGCGAUUCUUCAUUCCACCGCGCCACCAAAAGCCCUGUCCACAUGCCGAAAUCAUCGACCUCGACGACUGA